AAUAGAUAGAAAAGAAAGGGAGGUGAAAGAACGCGGCCACACAUUCAUCAAUGCUUUCAAAUUGACUCCAGAGAGACUUCACAAGUCACAGACAUUCUCUCAAUCUCUCUCGGCAAGAACACCUUCUAUUCUGAGCUAUGGCCUUGGCCUGGCCUCCUAUAAUUCCUUCUACAUACUACUCCUUUAUACUAUUCGUUUUGUCGUUGGGUUUCGGUUGCCGGAGCUGUUACGGGCUCGGGUCGCAGUUCGGGUUCGACGUCCACCAUCGCUACUCCGACCCGGUCAAGGGAAUUCUCGGCGUCGAGGGGCUCCCGGAGAAAGGGAGUGUAGAAUACUACGUGGCUAUGGCAAACCGAGACCGCAUGAUUCGGGGCCGCCACCUCGCCGCCAGCAACGAUCAGUCGUCGCCGCUCACUUUCUCCAGUGGAAACGACACCUAUCUCUUCGCCCUUUUGGGACAUUUGCAUUAUGCCGAUGUUUCAGUGGGGACACCAAGUUUAUCAUUUUUGGUGGCAUUAGACACAGGCAGUGAUUUGUUCUGGCUACCAUGUGAUUGUAAGAAAGGUGGUUGCCUUAGUAGCAUCCCGUUCUCACUUGGACAGGUAUUACUCCUUAACAUCUACAGCCCUAAUAAUUCAUCAACAAGUGAAAUAGUUUCCUGCAACAACAGCCUUUGCAAACAUAGUCAAUGCCCUUCAGCAAGCAGUGAUUGUCCUUAUGAAGUUGAGUAUCUUUCUAAUAACACUUCAUCUACUGGGAUCUUGGUGGAGGAUGUUUUGCACUUAAUUACAGAUGAUGAUCAGCUAAAGGCUGUGACCACUCCGAUUACUUUUGGUUGUGGUCAAAGCCAGACUGGUGCUUUUUUGGAGGGUGGAGCACCAAACGGUCUAUUUGGGCUUGGUAUGGAUGAUGUAUCUGUUCCUAGCACCUUAGCAAGAAAUGGGCUAGCUUUGAAUUCUUUUUCCAUGUGUUUUGGACCUGAUGGGCUGGGGAGAAUCACUUUUGGAAAUAAUGGCAGCUCAGACCAAAAAGAAACACCAUUCAAUGUUAAGCAAUCACAUCCAACUUAUAACAUCAGCAUCACUCAAAUAACUGUGGGAAGAAAUUCUUCUGGGCUGGGGUUCAAUGUGAUCUUUGACUCUGGUACAUCGUUUACAAGCCUAACCGACCCAGCUUAUACUUUCAUUUCUGAGAGUUUCAAUUCCCAGGUCCAACAAAAGCGGCAUUCAUCUGAUUCCCAAUUCCCCUUUGAAUACUGUUAUGACUUAAGUCCAACUCAAGACAGAUAUGAAGGUCCUGUUGUGAAUCUGACAAUGAAAGGUGGAGACCAUUAUUUUAUCACUAACCCAACACACUUGGUCGACAUUGAGGGAGAAAAUGUUGUGUAUUGUCUGGGUCUUCACAAAACUGAAAAGAUAAACAUCAUAGGACAAAACUUCAUGACUGGUUAUGACAUAGUUUUUGAUCGCCAGAGGAUGGUAUUGGGUUGGAAGGACUCUAACUGCUACGACGACAGGAAUUCAAACACUAUAGCUGUUAGCCCAUCACACUCUCCUGCCGCUUCCCCUGCUCUUGCCGUCAAUCCUGAAGCCACCAAAAGGAGUGGAAGCAGUUCUAUUAUACCUGUGGCAGCUCCAUCCAGUCAUUCACCCAAGUUGAAGUCUUUUACCUACGCACUCACAGUGCUUCUUGUUUCGUAUUUUGCCAUUGUUUGAUCAAGCUUUUUAUUUAUUGGGGCUUUCUCAACCCGUCAUAUAUAUAUUGAUAUACAUUGUAUCUUAGGUCAUCACAGAACAAAUUGGAAUCUUCUUUCUUUUUUUUUUUUUUCAAACAAUGAGAACCAGAAGCAUUGUUGGCUUCCUAUUUUUUGGUGAUUAGUAGCACUAAUUUGGACAUGGGUUUGUAAUUUAUAAUUUUUCUUUUUAACAUAUAAGCAGAAACCAUAAGGUAUAGAGCUCUUACACUUCAA